CAGACUUAUUCACUUGAAAAUCAAUGUCAUGCUAGCUCGUGAACAUGUUGUGAUCAAGCCCUCUGCGCAUGUGCAUCACUUUUCCAUCAUUACAUACACGUGCACUCAGCUACCGUCAUGCACCGUCCAUUUGCUCCUAACACGGUUCGACCUAACCUGCCAUUGAGGAAACCCUCUUCUACCCCCAUGGCCCUUCCCGUCACAGCGCCUCCUCUGAGGUUCACCAUGCCCGAUGCAACCCUUGCGCGCAUGGUGCAAGGAGCCACUGGAGACGGUCUUUUACCGAUGCCAGUUAUCCGGAAUAAUUCUUCAUUGUUUGGGCCCACGCAACCUGCACUUACUGUAUACUUCUGCAACUACUGCGGUCAGCAAGGCAAUUUUCGAUGCAAGCGCUGCAAGAUGGCACCUUACUGCUCUGUGAAGUGCCAGACCGAGGACUGGAAGGCACACAAACCCAUAUGCAUGCCCCUUGAUCCUGAACCUGCAAAAGAGACACCAAAAGAACCUACUGCUCCACCCGUGGCAGAAAACAAAGCCACUCUGCUUGAGACUAAGCAGGAAGCUGCACCCAGUGAACAGAGAGUCUUCCUGAAGGACUUGCACAUCACUAAAGUCAUAAAGGGAUCAGACAUCCAGGCAACUGUACUAGAGUUCUACAGCCCCAGCAGGUUUUUCCUCCUCGCCCAAAGCCCUGAGCUGCUUGAAGCUCUGCAGAGCAUCAGCAUGGAUCUUCAGAAAGUUUACAGGGGCCCCUCCACCUCAGCGACCAUUUACACUCCCUGUGUUGGAGAGGUUUGCGCAGUGCAGUUCUCCAGUGAUAUGAACUGGUACCGAGGCCUGGUCCAGACUUUGUCUGCUGACCAGAAGGUGGCGAAUAUCCUCUACAUUGAUUUUGGGAAUGAAGAGGAGGUCCCUGUGGAGAAGAUCAAGCCUCUAGCUGAUAAUAUCAAGCCAUUAUGUCCAUGUGCAAUGGAGUGCUGUAUUGCAGGCGUGGUGUCAGCUAGUGGUAACUGGUCCAGGGAGUGUUGUAUGGUGAUUAAACAGCUGCUGGUCGGCAAGAUUGUGACCGUUAAAUUGGUGGAAACACUAGAGAACGGUCGCAUCCAUGCUGUGGAUAUCGAGUUGGCCACGGGAAAGCAGUUAAGCGCCCUCCUCCUUGAGCAUGCCUAUGCAGUAGAGGAAACAGUUAAUGUUGCACCAACUGAGCAGGAAAUAAAUGCCAUGAUGAGUGCAUCCUUAGAUAACUUCAAAAGGCGCUCUAAUGGGAAGGAUGACAACACCUGGGCUAAGCCUCCCGAGCCGCAGACGCAGGCCGUUGGAGACUCCUUUACUGUUGUGGCCACCCACAUCCAGUCACCCAAUAAAAUCAUUGUGCAGAAAGUGGAAAAUGCCAUGUUGAUUCAACAGAUGCAGCUGCAGCUGAGGGAACACUGUGCACAGGUCCCGACUCAGCAAAACUUCAGACCUGCUCCUGGCACAGUCUGCUGUGCCCAGUUCUCAGAGGACAAACAGUGGUAUAGGGCUGAAGUCCUGGCAUAUUCAUCAGAGGAUCAAGUCUGUGUCGCCUACAUUGAUUUUGGAAACUCUGAGAAGGUGGAUGUAGGCCACCUACGGCCCAUUAGCACUGCACUGCUUGCCCUGCCCUUGCAGGCCAUGCCGUGUGGCCUAGCAGGAGUGCAGCCUGUUGGGGAGAGCUGGUCAAAGGACUGCGUGUUAGCACUGCAGCGAAGAGUCUCCCACAGAACACUGCGCAUUGAGAUCCAGGGAGCGCAUGAGGGCAAGGCUUUGGUGGCCAUGAUCGACGAGUCCAGUGAUCCGCAGGCCAACGUGGCCGAGCUGCUGAUUGCUGGGUUUGCCGCGCCGGCUCCCGUUACCAACACCAGCAGUGACCAGCAGACAGGUCAGACUGCGAGUCCGGCCGAGGAACCACAGGUGCCUACCCCAGCAUGUGAACCUCUGAAGUGGUCUCGUACAGAGCUUCCCUGUGAUGGCCAGACAGUGGCACUGCUAGCCAGUGUGGUGGAGAACCCUGGAGACUUUUAUUGCCGCAUCAACAAUCCUGCAGAUCAUCAGCGGCUGAUAGAGCUCGGGGCCGAGUUGAAGCAGCAUUGUGAAGCUAAGGCUGCACCUUCUGAGCCCAAAGCAGGAGAACCCUGUUGUGCUAUGUUCCCUGGUGAUGGAGCGUGGCAUCGAGCUGUGGUGAACGACGUGGCUGAAGACGAGGUCUCUGUAAACUUUGUGGACUACGGGUACAGCAUGAAAGUGGAAAAGAACCAGCUUCGAUCCAUUACACCUACUCUGACUCUACCCUUCCAGGCAAUUCACUGCUCACUCAAAGGUGUAGAGCCCCUGGGGUCAGAGUGGAGCAGCGAGGCCCUCCUGUGGUUCCAGACUCUCGUGGAUGGCGAGCAGCUCACCGCACGUGUCCUCUCUGUCACUGAGCAAGGUUACGGUGUGGAGCUGCAGAGCAGAGGGCAAAAUGUGGCAGCCGCCCUAAUUUCUGAGCAACUGGCCAAAGCUCCCGGAGGGCUUCCCAAAGAGGCUCCCGUAGCCAAACAGCAAGAGAAAACAGAAGAGAAGGAGCACAGCCAAACACAAACACAAACACAAGCCAAAGAGGCACCGCCUGAAAGACAGACUGUAGUGCUGUCUGAAGCUCCAUCUUUUCCGGUGGAUUGGAAGACCACAGAGCUGCCUCUCAACGAGACCUUUCAGCCUUACAUCGCAGCUGUCAUUAAUCCAUCGCUCUUCUACCUGCCGGGUCGCAGCCAAGUGAACCAGGAGAAGCUUCAGGAGGUGAUGUUGGAGCUGGCAGUCUACUGCAGCAACAACCAGACCUCUUUAUCAUCUGCUGUCCUGAGCCGACCAGUGCCUGGGGCUGCCUGCUGUGCCCAGUUCUCUGCUGACAAUAACUGGUACCGUGCGAUAGUCCUAGAGGUUGGUGGGACCGAGAUGAGUGUCAUCUAUGCAGAUUACGGCAACACUGAGAAGGUGCCAUUCUCCCGUAUAAUGCCCAUCACCAAGCACCUGCUGCAGCUCCCUUUCCAGAUCACUCGCUGCACGCUCACUGGCAAGGAACACUUCCCUGCAGAGUGGCCAGAAGAAUCACAGCAGAUUUUUCACCUGCUGCUGAACGGCAUCCUGGCCACCGUCCAAUCCUUUGACGGCUCAACUAAUGUGCUCUCACUCACUCUGCCCACUGAGAGAGGUGGAGGUAAUGUUACUGCCAUGCUCUUGGAUGGGCUACAGGUCCAGGCCAAGAGUAACCCUCAGACACCCAUCACUAAGAAGAAUGAGCAAACUGACUCAAGCUCAGGUACUGCUGCAAGUCCUCCAGCUGUGCCUGACUGCCCCCAGUCCAAGACUCUACCUGACAUCCAAAAGGCUUUGGAGAAUACAGCAGCUGCUGUCAUAACUCCAGAGCCAACAACCAGUAUAAACCAGCAGAAUAAAAAAAUGAAGAUCCAGUUCAAAAGAUCGUGGGACAAAUGGAGCCUCCGUGCAAUUUGGAUAGAAAAACUAAUGAUCCUCAGACGUCUGGGUGCUGCUGCCUUAGCCUGAAGACAAAGAUUGACCACAUGGAAGAGUUGAUGCAGCUGCAGCUUUCUCUCAUCAAGCAGUUACUGGGACAGACAAAAUAAGAUUCAGGGCAUGAUGUUAUAGUUUUGUUUGGCAAGUUGAAAACAAGAAUUUUAUUUUUCAGGAAUAUGUUUCUUUAAGAAAGUUAAUGCUGGCUUAACAAGCAGCGAUGCAGCUUUUAAUUUUAUUUCUGUAACCAUAUUCCAGCAGUUGAUAAGUAAGAAUUUUAUUUUAGCUUUUAAUUUUUUAUCCUGUGAUAAAACUCCAGUCACCUUUUCACUUCUAAUGUUCUUUGAGGUUCUCAGUAAACAAAGAUGCACUUAUUAUGUGUGUUAAAGUUAGAAAAAUCACAAAAUAAUACAAGUUCAAUCUCCAUUAUCUGUGUUGUUUUAUAAUUGUACUGUAGCAUGCUGUGCUAACACCUGUGUCUUGGUUAUGUCUUUAUCUGUUCAGGUAAAAUGUCCAGCCUGAUUGAUCUAUGUUUGACAUGUUUCAGUUUUUAUAUAAAUGUUCUGUGACUCAA